ACAUCGUGUGUGUGUGUCAGAGUGUGAUAUUAACAAAAGAAGCAAAAAAAUAGUAUUUUAUACUUUGACAAUUGUGUUUAAAGUAAAUAUAGACAAAGUAUAAACUUAUAUUAAAUAAUGGCUGCAAAUCUAGGUAAUAAAGGUGGCGGAUUGCUAUCAACACGACCCCAAAGCAUCAUACAAAAUCAAUUAUUUCGACGCCAAAGAAGUAUUAGAGCCUUACAAAAAUCCUCAACCACAGAGGAAGAAUGUGAUAAGACUUAUGUUGUGCUUAAAUUUGGCGAAAAAGCUAAAUUACAACAAUGUCGAGAUGUUGAAAAGAUUAUUCAACAAUUUGGCAUACAAACCACUUUGGAAGUGGUGAGUAAGACAGAAAAAUAUUUAUAUAUAACUGCCUCCACGGAUACUCUGCUUCGCUUGGCCGAUGAAGCGGAGCUAACAAAACAGACAACGACGGGCAGUAUGCAAAAGUUUAAUUAUCACUCGGUAAGCGAUUAUUUACUGCCCGGUAUGAGCGAAGAUGAUAUAGUGCGUUUUUGUGAGGCACCCGUGUUAAUAAAAGAUGUUAUUAAACCAGAGCUGAUGUCGCACAUAAGGACUGGUGUGGUGGAGGAUAUGUUUCCACUGCAUGAUAUAGAAUAUUUAGAUAAAUUUAGCUUCAAUUGGCGCCGACGUAGUAUGCCCAUUGAAGAUAUACGUAAUUAUUUUGGUUCUAGUAUUGGCUUAUAUUUUGGUUUUACACAAUUCUAUACAAAAGCCUUAAUAUUUCCCACUUUAUUUGGUAUAUUACAAUAUAUCUGGAAAUUUAAUAUUUCUUUGGUGUGUGGCUUUUAUGUGAUAUGGACAACAAUUUUUCUUGAAUUAUGGAAACGCAAAUGUGCUGGUUAUUCGUAUCGUUGGGGUACCAUUGAAAUGAGCAGUUUGGAUAAGCCACGCACCAACUAUAAAGGUGUACCUAAACCCGAUCCUAUAACCAGUAAAAUGACCAUGCAGUAUCCCAUGCGUUAUACUUAUUUACAAAUGUAUUUAGUGUCGUAUCCGGUGGUGGGCUUGUGUGUUAUAGCUUCGGCUUAUUUUGCCUUGUAUCAAUUUCAAAUCGAGGCUGAAGUUUUAGCCGACUUUGGCCCAGAUUCUUGGCUAUUGUAUGGUCCUGUUAUAGUGCAAUCCAUAUUGAUUGCCAUAUUUUCCUGGGCCUAUGAGAAAUUGGCUACAUUUUUAACGGACACCGAAAAUCAUCGUACUCGUUCGCAAUACGAUCGUCAUCGUGUUAAUAAGUUAAUGAUAUUUGAAAUUGUUAAUAAUUUCUUUUCUUUGUUUUACAUUGCUUUCAUAUUGCAAGAUUUGAAUCAAUUGAAUUAUCAAUUAAUGAUGCAGUUGUUGAUUUUCCAGUUGGUUUGCAUUGUCCAGGAAAUUGGCAUACCUUUGCUGGCUGUUGUUAGGCAAAAAUAUUUCAAGUACUUGCACAAAGAAGUUGAUGAGGAUAAGCGGUCGUUGGUUAGUGAUGUGGCCCGCUAUGAACAGUGUUUCUAUGAGGCUGGUUUAGAUCAAUAUCAAUCAACGUAUGAGGACUAUUUACAAAUGUGCAUACAAUUCGGUUAUGUUGUUUUGUUUGCGGCUGUGGCACCUUUUGCCGCUUUUGGGGCCUUAAUUAAUAAUUUGUUCGCCAUGCAUAUUGAUUUGUUUAAGCUUUGCAACAUAUUUAAGCGUCCCUUUGCUCGUCGUACCAAAAACAUUGGAGCCUGGCAAUCCGCCUUUGAAUUGUUGUCAGUUAUGGCCAUAUUAAGUAAUUGUGGUAUUUUGUAUCUACAGCCGAAUGUAAGAGGUUUCUUUAUAAAUCUAUUUCCAUCCAUGCCCAAUAUAUCUUUUGUUCUCUUCGAGCAUUUGCUAUUGGGUUUGAAAUUUGUCAUACACAAGGCCAUACAUGAGAGGCCUCGAUGGGUGCGUAUUGCUUUAUUAAAAGCAGACUAUGAAUCGAGUUUGGCUUAUAAAAAUAUAAAAAAAUUUAAAGCCAACAAUAAAAUUGACUGAAUACUCACAAAUGAACUGAAACUGGAAAAAUCUCUAAGAAUAUUUCUUUAAAAAUCUCCUUUAAUAAUUUACGGCAAUUUUAAAACUCCUAUUUACCAAAUAAUAUUACUAAUAAACUCUUUUUGGUUGCAGUGUUUUCUUUACAUAUGUUGAUCAUAUAUGUAUUUUGCUUAACAUUUACAUUUUAUUAAAUUCAAAUGGCCUUAAUAUUAUUAUUCUUACUAACAUACUUAAAAAAUUAUGUUUUUUAUUAUUACUCAACUUAAAUAAAUAUUUACAGAUUUGUUACUAUUACUUUUUUUAUAACUAAAAUGGUUAAA